UUUUUUCUUACUUUUCAUACUUUUCAUAUUGUAAAAACUAAAAACUUAAUGUAAGAAAGCCCUGGUAAAAAAAAAAAGAAUGGAUACGGGAUAAAUUUUUUCCCCUUCCACCGUUGGGAAAGGUGAGCGCCUCCUCCGCCGGCCAUCGAUGUUCAUCCCAAAUUCACUAUCUACAUGCAAACUUUGAUCAUACCAACUUCGAUCUAGUCUCCGAUUGCAACUUCCUUUCUUCACUUCUGGCUUUGCUAGAAAGAUUUUUAAUCAAGACUAUUGUUUAAGGUUGAGUUUGUUCGAUUCGAUUGAGAUGUUUGCUCCCUGUUCAAGUGCCGUCAGUGCCUUUUGAUUUGUCCUACAUUCAUUUGCUGUUAAUUGACCAUAGAAGGAGGUAAUUCACAUUCAAUUCCAAGUACAGAAGAUUUGAUCACAUCGUCACAAGGUCAUCGAAGAAAACAAGACUUGGCAUGGAAAUAUGCCACUGAAGGUGUGAAUAAUGAAGGGAAAAUGAAGCAGCACCUUGCUGGAAUUAAAGGUGAUGUUUCCUCAUGCAAAAAAGUUCCUUCCCGAGUGAGGGAGUUAAUGCUCAAUUCCUUGAAAGAAAAUACUAAAAAAGCAAAAGAGAAGAAAGGGGAUUUUGGAAUCAAUUUUGAUGAACAAUUCAAUGAUAUUCAAGAAAUUCAUCCUUCUACACCUAAUGGGAAAGUAAUAGCAAGCAUUGAGGGGCUGAAAAAUACAAAAAGGAAGAACAACCAUGGUAGUAUUGAGCCCUACUUGUCAGGGUCACUAAAUAUGUGUAUAGUCGCAAGUGGAUACUUGGCUCGUUGAGGGAAAGAUCCAGUUGGAAGGAGAUUCUUUGUCCGGCUGAAACUAGAUUUGGCACCACAUUUAUAGCGCUCAAAAGCCUU